UACCAAGGAUAUCGAAGAAGCGGCAAGAAAUGCCGUAUGUUCACUGAUUCCUGAGAAAUCCAAAGCGAUAUAUGACUUGGCUUAUGAAAAAUUUAAGAAAUGGCGUGAACUGAAGAAAGUAAAACAUGUCAAUGAGAAAGUACUAUUGGCAUAUUUUGAAGGUAAGAAGAAUUUGAAGGCUUCUGCGCUAUGGACACAGUACUCCAUGUUGAGAACUGAGCUGUCUUUAAAAAAAUGUAUAGACAUUAAAACAUACAAUAGUUUGACAGCAUUUUUGAAAAGGCAUUCUGAUGGAUACCACGCUAAGAAAUCAAACGUUUUUUUCAAAAGUAAAUAUUGCGAAGUUUUUGACGGAGGCGGAUGACAAUAAUCAUUUAAUGGCUAAGGUUGUGUUGGUUGUGGGAAUAGCCGGUGCAUGUCGGAAGUCAGAAUUAACAUUUUUACGUGUUGAAGAUGUUACAGAUGAGGAGACGUAUUUUCGAGUAAAUAUUCCAAAUACGAAAAGUAGAGUAAUUCGUGAAUUUGUAAUCACCCCCGGAGAUAUAGAAGGACUAAAUUUCGUUAACAUUAUCAGGAAGUAUAGAAACCUACGCCCGAAAAAUAUUAAACACAACGGAUUUUUUGUUAGACAUAGAAAUGGUAAAUGUGGUGUACAACCAGUAGGAAUUAAUACUAUUGGUCAGUUACCAAAAAUGACUGCUCAAAUGAUUGGUUUGCCGAAUUGUGCAUUAUUCACGGGGCACUGUUUCAGAAGCUCUUCAGACACUUUACUUGCAGAUUCUGGGGCCAAUAUUUUAAAAAUAAAACAACACGGCGGCUGGAAGUCAGAUUCUGUUGCAGAAGGAUAUGUUGAAAAUAAAAAAACAAUUUCCGGUGAUAUUCUUGGAGAACCGAGUAAUAUCAAUAACAUAUAUCACGGAAUAUUACUGCAAUUUCAACAAAUAAGAUUUAUUCUGGAAUUACUUUCACUAACUGUACCAACUGCGUUGUCAAUAUUUAUAAUUAAAUAAUAAUAAUUAAUAAAGUG